AGGCGCGGCCGGAGCGCGGCGGGAGCGGCGGGGCCGGCUAGUCCCUGCGGCGGCCGCCGGUGCGCGGCGCUCCGCCAUGUACACCUUCGUGGUGCGCGACGAGAACAGCAGCGUCUACGCCGAGGUCGCCCGGCUGCUGCUCGCCACCGGCCGCUGGAAGAGGCUGCGGCGGGACAACCCCCGGUUCAACCUGAUGCUGGGAGAGCGGAACCGGCUGCCCUUCGGGAGGCUGGGUCACGAGCCUGGGCUGGUGCAGUUGGUGAAUUACUACAGGGGUGCUGACAAACUGUGUCGCAAAGCUUCUUUAGUGAAGCUAAUCAAGACAAGCCCAGAUCUGGCCGAGUCCUGCACGUGGUUCCCUGAGUCCUAUGUGAUUUAUCCAACCAAUCUCAAGACUCCAGUUGCUCCAGCGCAGAAUGGAAUCCAGCCACCAAUCAAUAACUCAAGGACAGAUGAAAGGGAAUUCUUCCUGGCAUCUUUUAACAGGAAGAAAGAAGAUGGAGAGGGCAAUGUUUGGAUUGCAAAGUCAUCAGCUGGUGCCAAAGGUGAAGGCAUCCUCAUCUCCUCGGAGGCUUCAGAGCUUCUGGAUUUCAUAGACAACCAGGGCCAAGUGCAUGUGAUCCAGAAAUACCUCGAGCAUCCUCUGCUUCUAGAGCCAGGCCAUCGCAAGUUUGACAUUAGAAGCUGGGUCUUGCUGGAUCAUCAGUAUAAUAUCUACCUCUAUAGAGAGGGUGUGCUUCGGACUGCUUCAGAGCCAUAUCAUACUGAUAAUUUCCAAGACAAAACCUGCCAUUUGACCAAUCACUGCAUUCAAAAGGAGUACUCAAAGAACUAUGGGAAGUAUGAGGAAGGGAAUGAAAUGUUCUUUGAAGAGUUCAACCAGUACCUAACAAGUGCUUUGAACAUUACCCUGGAAAGUAGUAUCUUACUACAAAUCAAACAUAUAAUAAGGAGCUGCCUCAUGAGCGUGGAACCUGCCAUCAGCACCAAGCACCUCCCUUACCAGAGCUUUCAGCUCUUUGGCUUUGACUUCAUGGUGGAUGAGGAGCUGAAGGUCUGGCUCAUCGAGGUCAAUGGCGCCCCUGCUUGUGCCCAGAAGCUGUAUGCAGAGCUGUGCCAGGGCAUCGUGGACUUAGCCAUAUCUAGUGUCUUCCCGCCCCCAGACGUGGAGCAGCAGCAGAGCCAGCCAGCCACCUUCCUUAGGCUGUGACAGACGCUGGUGCUCAGAGCUGCCUCAGAAGAAGCGCGGGCCCUGCUCCAGGGGAGGCGGAUGACCCAGGCCAAACAGGGAAGACGGACAGCGCACACAGAUGCCAUGGUGGAGGCCGUGAACAUGAUGCUACGCUGAGAGCCAGCUGCUCAGGGGGCCUCCCAGGCAGAGCUCUGGCCGGUGCUGUGGAGGCUUGAAAACUGGAGCAGGUGUCUGGGAGGAAGGCAGAUAUUCUUCUAAGGGGAAAAAACAGGGAUAUGGUUAUGGUAUGUUCUUAUCCUUUUAAAACAUCUUUUGACCCUAAGGCAGCAUUGGAGCAGAACUUGUCCUCCUGGGACCUCUGGUUGGCGUCUUCCCUCCUGCUGUAGCCUUCGUGCCUUAGCAGUGUGCCCACCUGUGACCCCGCUGCUCUGGGACACGGAUUGGACGUUCGAGCAUUUUGGAGGUUGCCCGUGUAUUCCCCACUCGUCCCUCCACAAUACUGCCCCACCAGACUUGGGACAAGCAUGCAAGUCCCUAGUUUCAUGCUGUGCGUUUCCCCUCGGCAGGGCGCUUCUCCUCAUCACGUUCCUGAUGGUGUUUGGUCAGUCACCUGUCAGGCUUCGUGGGGACUGGGCGCCAGAACAGCAAUCACUGCUCUCAGUCUGCUCUCUGCAUGUUUUAUUUUAUUUUUUUUUUAUUUAUUUAUUUAUUUUUUUUGGGUUUUUUCUUUUUUAUUAUAAAAUAUUCACAACAAAAUUUACCAUUUUAACCCUUUUAAACAUAUACUUCAGUGGCAUUAUGUACUUUCAUGUACAUUGUUGUGCUAUCACUAUCACAAUCCAUUUCCAGACCCCUUUUCAUUAUCUCCAAUUGAACUCUGUACCCAUUAGACAGUAACUCCCAUCCCUCCUUCCCCCCAGACCCUGGUAAGCACCAUUCUCUUAAUGUCUCUAUGAAGUUGACUGCCCUAGGUACCUCAUAUAAUUGGAAUCGUACAGUAUUUGUCCUUUUGUGCCUGGCUUAUUUCACUUAGCAUAAUGUCUUCAAGGUUCAUGCUUGUUGUAUCAUGUGACAGGAUUUUUUCCUUUUAAAGUCUGAAUAAUAUUUCAUUGUAUUUCUUUUUUUUUUUUUUUUUACU